GCAGGCUUGCCGGGUGGAUGGACUGGGGGGAGACGGGACCACGGGGUUCAGGUUCCUCUUUUACUUUACAUUUAUCAAGCAAGCACCAUGUGAUAGGCACAGACCGAGACUCUAUCAGCGACGAUUGAUGCACACUACAGCCACACACAUACGACCUCAGACAGCACAAGCCACAGACCCACACCCACAUCA